AUACUAGAACAGUUUCCCUUUCCGGUUUGAGUCUCUUGCUUGUUCUACAUCGUAUUAUUUUAAUAUUGUAAAGCUCUUCAGCAAUGACCAGUUUAGAAGUGAAUGAAUUAUUUGAAGAACACAGGUUAAAUUUUGAUCGCCCCAGUUAAAUACAUCUAUAAUCUUUUCUAUUACAGGAUUCAUCAUUCGGUUAAAUCCACUCUGUCUUUCAUCCUCUAUUCUCCUUUAGGCCUGAUUCUUUUAAUCCUUCGCCUAUUUAUUGGUUUACAAGUCUUUCUCAUAUGUACAAUCAUACCUAAAUCAUGGUCGUUUAGGCGGUAUAUUUUAAGAGUACCUUUUGCUAUACUAGGAAUGGUCGUCAUUCAUGAAUCGGGAAUCAGGGAAGAAAACUGCAAAAUUAUUGUUGCAAAUUUUUUAAGUGCUGUAGAUCAUUGGGUUCUAGCACUUUUAUGGAAUGUCGUUACACCUUGCAUUUGGAAUGUGCCUAAGUCAUUAGCUUGGUGUCUGGGAUAUUCCGACUUUAACGCUUCUUGCGGGAGAAAGUCCUUAGUUAAAAAUGUUAAAAAGCACCUCAAUGAUUGUUCAACGUCUAUUCUUGUUUUUCCUGAAGGAGCAACAACGUCCGGCCAGAAAGGCUUGUUAAAAUUUGCAUCCUGGCCGUGGAAUGUGGGCGAACCAGUUCAAGCUGUUACAAUUGAAAUUUAUAGGCCUAUGAGAGUAUCGCCCUCUGUUCUAGGUGGGAGAUGGUGGACAGAUGCAUUAUAUACAUUUUUCUGUCCACUAACCAUAUGGAAAGUAAACGUUCUUCCCAUCGUCGCUAGACGAGAAGAUGAAUCCGACGACGAAAUUGCUUUAAGAUAUCAAGAACAAAUGGCCCAUCAUCUACAACUAUCAUCAACGAAUUUUACAUGUGCUGACAAAGUCGAAUUAGCCAAAAAUCGUUUAUUUAAAAGAUCUCAAGGAUCUAAGGAGACAAAUCGAAUUGAUGAAAUGGUAAAACAAGUUUUAGCUGUGCUUCCUCACGUUAGUCCAUCCGAUAUCAAAAAACAACUUUUAAUUAACGACGAUGUCGAAGUUACAAUUGCACAUUUGGUUGAAAAUCCCCUCGAUGCACGCUCAAUUUCUAGCGAAAGUUUAAAUCGACUUGAAAAGCAUGAUAUUGAAGAAAAAAUUACUCGACGAAAUAAGAAAGCUGACUUGACGAGCAUGAGCCUUCAAGAGAGGAAAGACUUACUUCUUCAAGAGGCUCGACGUAGUUAUUUAAAAAAACACGAUAUGAAAAAUAUGUAA